AUGGAAAAUCUAAAAAAAAGACAACCAGAUUUAUAUUCUUCAAGACAUAUGUGUAAAAGAUGUGAAAGAUCUCCAGAAAUAUUAUCACAUCUUUGGAAUUGUGAAGAAGUAUAUGACAUCAUUAAAAUAAUUAAAAUCAUCAAAGAUAAAAAAUUUAUCUUACCUGAUAAAAUAUAUACAUGGGAUAAUAAAGGUUCACUUGAUGAUUUACUAAGUGGAUAUAUAACUUUAGAUUUAAUACAGCAAUUAUAUAAAAUUACAAGAUCUAACUCAAAAGCUAGAAAACUAGCAAUAUCUUUAGCAAACAUUGUUAAUAAAGAACUAUUUGAAAAAAAUCUGGAUUGA